AUAGUGGUCUUAGAAACGUUCACAUUUUUAAGUCAACACAGCCAUUUUCUUGCAGAAUUGUAAACGGAGCACGACAUAUUUACCUAGCUGUUAGAUGUUAGAGAGGUUGUCUUAUUUAUUUCUUAUUUACAAACGGUUAUAUUUCGGUUUUUAGGCCGGUAGCUAAUCUCGCGGUGCCCUGACGCGUGCUUCAUCCGAAGGUUGACAAAAUGUCAAGACCACGUUCUCGAUCGCCACAUUACAGGAGGUUCCCAUGGGACGAACCUGACUUUGAUCCUUACAAAGUUGUUGCAGAACUGGGCGGAGAUCAGAUGGACCGGAGACACCACCACCACCCCAGAGGAACUCCUGAAGAACGCUGGAACUAUGUCAGGGAAGACAUGCACCCUGAAGACCAGAGAAGAUCUUCUCCUUUCCAGGAUGACCGCCAGUUUGGGCAUCAGCGUCAUUCAAACCAGGAGGAGUUUUAUCGCAGGAGGCCAUCACCUCAACAUGAUAUGCUGGGAUAUGAGGAAAGAAGGCUUUCCCCCAUACAUGAUGGAGGAGAAGAUGGAGCAAGACGCAUAGGAGGGUUUAGAGAAGCAUACCCAAACUUUGAAAACAGCGGGAGGUCGCCCAACUCACCUCCAAGGUUCAAGAGGGAAAGAUUGCCGCUGACACCAAGAUCCGAUUCAGACCACCAGCAGAGAGAGCCCGGUGGCUGGAGGAGGGAGGGGCAGGGUAGAGGUCGAGGAAGGUUCAGAGACCCCAGCCCCAGUGCUAGGUCAGAUGACCAAAGAGGAGGAACAGGAAGGGAAAGAGGAAGGAGGAACACACAGAGUCUAAUUAGAGAAAGACAAUGGGAAGAUCCACAUCAAGAGAGGAACCCACACUUUAAAAGGCAAAGAAGAGAAAUGGAUGACACCAAUAACUCUGGGUACAGGAAUGAGGAGCACUUUGGGGAACAGCGUCACUCGAUGGACUCACCCAGAGAUGGGUUUCAAAGAGAACGUCAGGGGAACCUCCCCCGUGGAGACGGUCGACACUCAGGGCCACUCAUUAUUGAGCAUGAUCAUGGUAUCACAGACAGAAGAGACCCGUCCCCAUGGGAAAAAUUUGAGGAUCGUAGAGAUCUGGACCCUGGCCUUGACCGCCAGAGAAGUCCGUGUCCAACAGGAUUCUCUCAGGAGCGUUUCAGGGCAUCAGAGAGUAGGUUGCAAGAUCGGGACACAAGACCACAUUUCCUCCAAGAUAAUAGAAGGGAUUCCAGCUAUCAUGGCAGUGCAAGGACCCCUGAAAAAAGACCAAGCCCUGUAAAUUAUGGAAGUCGAGAUAGUACUAUGAACCAUAGGGGGAGGGGCGCCUUUCGUCCAGCAAGAGGACGUGCCAGCCGUGGCCAGUUUGGAAGGACUGGACUGCCUAGAAAUCAACCACACCUACAGCAUUCCUUCCAGGUAGAUCAAGAUAACCGAAAUGAAGGGCCAAGACAACGGUCCCAACCUUUCAGGGGAGAUUAUGAGGAUCCCAUUAAGCAGGAGCCCAACUGGGCAGAAGAGGAUGGACCUCCCGGAUGGAAAGCAGACAGGUCUGGAAGUCUGGAUCGAAGCCCAGUGACCAUUGAUCUGGACCCUAAAAUGCCCCGUCAGAGGUUACGUGAAUGGAAUAAACAGAAAACCAAAAACAUGGCGGUUGCGGAGGAAACGCUAACGAUCAAAGUGGAUAUGAGCCAACCCGUGAAUAAAAACAGCCUGCUGUGUUACUCCUCAGACAGACAGCUCUCUUUAGACCUGGUAAACGUUGGUCGCCAGCGUCUGGACUUUCUGCCCAUGCUGGAGCACUCUGGGACGUACAGAGAAACAGCAGUGCAUACUGGGACUUUUGCCCAGGAAAUCAUCACACUAGUGCACAGCGUCAAAGAGCUGUAUUUCAGAGGGGAUGGGGUCACCCUGAAUGAGCGUUUCUCAGCUCCUCAAAAAGGCGGAUACCUCGAGGAAGAGACGGAGGAGCUGACGCUGGAUGAGAGGUUCAGUUCAAACAGAGGUUUCAGUUUGAACAUGAACUCGCUGCUCGAUGACAACGAGCCUCUGUUCUCCAGGCUGGGAUCCCUGCCGCCUGCGCGAGGCCCGGGGGACCUGAGGCACGACCUGGAGAGGAGGAGGCAGGAGAGGCUGGAGGGGGUCAAAGUUACAAUAUUAGGAAACAAUUUGUCACAGAGCCCCCAAGGACCAGUCAGUGAGCCGGGUGCAGAGUACAAUGACGAUGAGGAUCAGCUGGAGGACGAGGAAUUCUUAGACUGGCCUGAGGAGCAGAGUAGGAGUCGAGAAGGAAACAUGGGAACAAGGAGAGGCGCCCCCUUCAGGCAGAACAACGGCCCCCAACGCAAGAAUAAUCGCUUCGGCAGCCGGCUUGGACAAAUUAGACGACAGAACUACCGUAACAGCCCUGCAGGUCCCAGCUGGUGAUUGGACGUUGGAAAGUAUCCGGUUCGGAUUUCUGCUCAUUUGUUGACAACUUUUAAUAAACAACAGAUUUAAAGGAAGUAUUUCCUUCUUUUUUGAGCCAAAUUGUGCCCGUGUUGAUGUCCAUCAACAGCACAAUGAAUAAGACUUUGAAGGAGUGUCUGCUGUGUUUUCCAGCAAAGUGAGACAGAGUGAAAUUUUUAAUUAACUUGAAUAUGAAAUAUUGAUACCUGAGUGAUUUAUGUCCUGCUCACACCUGUUCUGUCCCUCCAUCUUUGUUUAUUUGUGUCUUUCUGUUGAUUAAUGUCUAUAAUUUCACUUCUAACACUUUGUCUAUUUGGAUGUGAGGUCCUGAUUAUAACUUUCAAGUGUUUUUAUCAGACGGCCGAGUUUAUCAGGAUAAGGAUACUUCCAGUGUCUGCAACUGAAAUGAAAUUCACUCCUUGACUUAAAAUGACAGAUGUUAUUUAUUUAAUCAUCAGGUCAUUAAACGUGACCAGGACUGUUAUUAAUCACCUCCUUACUUUGUCUUGAUUCCUGCUCUUAUUCCCUUUUGUCUCAGUUUUACUAAGCCUGUAAUUUCAGUGUUAUGCCACCUUGUUUUCAAAGACACGGCGCGACAGCAUUAUUGAACAAAUUAAACUUUUGUUGUUUGA